CCUAGUCAUGCCUAUCCAUUCACUUUCUGCUAGCUGGAUUCCUCUCUCUCCCUCACGUGUCACUUUCCAAACCCUACCCCUGCCCCAAUUCCCACCCUGCGCCACCACAAUUGACCUUUUAGAAUUGCCGGAGAUACAAAAGCCCGGCGAUUUUUCGGUUUUAUCUUCGUACCAGUACAAAGCUAUACAAUUAACCCUGAGGAUUCUUCUUAGAUCUGAGGAGAGGGGUGUUUUUGGCUUUAUAUUGAUAAUAAUCCUCGUCCUCAAUUCCACUUGGACUCCUCAAGUUCCACCUCACUAACUCUUCAGACCAGGUGCCUAUCUUUUAAUUGAGAAUAGAAGAUCUUAUACUGAACAAUUAAAGUGAGGGUAGACAAUUGAGUCUACAAUCUUCUGCUCUAAUGGGCACUGGACAUGAGGGUAGCCCUGCAAAGUCUUCCACCCCUGCUACUACUACUCAGGAAGCACCAACUACACCUGCAUAUCCUGAUUGGUCAAGCACUAUGCAGGCUUUCUAUGGUGCUGGAGCUACUCCACCUUUCUUUGCUUCAACAAUUACCUCCCCUACACCCCAUCCCUACAUGUGGGGAGGCCAGCAUCCUCUGAUGCCACCUUAUGGGACUCCAGUUCCAUAUCCAGCUAUAUAUGCUCCUGGGGGAGUCUAUGCUCAUCCCAAUAUGGCCACGACUCCAACCACAAUACUCGGAACUGCAGAAGCAGAUGGAAAAACAACAGAGGCGAAGAACCGUGUUUCAAGCAAAAAAUCCAAGGGUACUUCAGGAAACCAUGGAAAGACUGGAGAUGGUGGGAAAUCUGCUUCAGGCUCUGGAAAUGAUGUUGCAACACAAAGCGCUGAUAGUGGAAGUGAAGGUUCAUCAGAUGCAAGUGAUGAGAAUGAUAACCAGGAAUAUUCUGCAACCAAGAAAGGAAGUUUUGACCUGAUGCUUGCUGAUGGAGCACAUUCACAGAACUCUGGUCUGGCUAACUUCCAGAAUUCAGUACCAGGGAAUCCUGUAGUUUCUAUGCCUGCAACUAAUCUGAAUAUUGGCAUGGACUUAUGGAAUGCAUCGUCUGGUGGUUCUGGGGCUAUGAAUUUGCGACCCAGUCAGCCUGGUGUUUCGCCAACUGUUGCUCCAUCUCAAUCUGGCAUGAUGAAUGAUCAUUGGAUUCCAGAUGAACGAGAACUGAAAAGACAAAAGAGAAAGCAAUCUAAUCGGGAGUCUGCUCGGAGAUCAAGAUUACGGAAGCAGGUUUGCCUUGCUUUCCAGUUUUCAAUUUUACUUUGAUGUUUCCUCAAUAAA